AUGGAGGAGUUUUUACACACGGACGACAGCCAGCCCCACAACACGUCGUGGGCCGAGGGGCGCGCGUGGGACAACGGGAGUCACUCCGCCAACGCUUCUGCCAACCCUUUGAAACGUAACGACGAAGUGGCUAAAGUGGAGGUAGCCGUGCUGGGGCUGGUUCUGCUUCUGGCGCUGAGCGGCAACCUGUGCGUGCUGUGGGCCAUCCGCGCCGCCAAACCACGCCAAUCCCGUAUGCUCUACUUUAUGAGGCACCUGAGCAUCGCCGACCUGGUAGUGGCUGUCUUCCAGGUUCUCCCGCAGCUCAUCUGGAAAAUCACCUUCCGCUUCUGCGGACCGGACGUGCUGUGCAGGCUGGUGAAGUACGCGCAGGUGGUGGGCAUGUUCGCGUCCACUUACAUGCUGGUGCUGAUGUCCAUCGACAGGUGCUUGGCCAUAUGUCAGCCACUCCGACCCUUGCGCAGGAGAAGAGACCGCGUGUGCGUGGGCACGUCGUGGCUGUUAAGUCUCAUAUUCAGCACACCUCAGGUGUACAUCUUCUCCCUGCUGGAGGUCGGGGACGGAGUGUACGACUGCUGGGGGGAUUUUGUGGAGCCGUGGGGCGCUAAAGCGUACGUUACCUGGAUGACCCUCAGCAUCUACAUCCUCCCCGUUGGCGUCCUUAGCGUGUGUUACGGCCUGAUUUGUGUCAAGAUCUGGCAGAACGUCAACCUGAAAACCAGGAGGGACCACUUCUUAGGUCUGGCACCCAAUGGGGCGCGUUACCUGUGUCGGGUCAGCAGCGUCAGGCUCAUCUCCAAAGCCAAAAUCCGUACUGUGAAAAUGACUUUCGUGGUGGUGCUGGCCUACAUAGUUUGCUGGACUCCAUUUUUCUUCGUUCAGAUGUGGUCUGCGUGGGAUGACGCCGCUCCACGAGAAGACACAGCCUUCAUUAUCGCCAUGUUGCUGGCCAGUCUGAACAGUUGCUGCAACCCCUGGAUCUACAUGCUUUUUGCCGGUCACAUGUUCCAGGGCGUGAUGUGCAGCUUUUUCUGCUGUCGGCGCAACGGGAAGGCAUCCCCGUGCAGCCGCCCCGAUAACAACUCCUCCGCGUACGCCAUAAAGAAAGACAGCAGUCACAGGAGCCUCUCGCACACGUCCAGCACAGGCGGGCCGGCACAUUGA